GACCCCGGACCGCGCUGCACACAGAGCGUGUUUACAGCAUGUGAGUUUAUAGUUUAGUAUUAAAAAGAAGAUCAAAGGAUGGAGCGCGUGACGGAGGGAAGAUGGGACAGUUUAUCUGUGAAUCUUCAGGACGGGAUAAAGCGGACCCUCCAGAAACUGGGCUUUACCUUCAUGACCCCAGUUCAGUCCGCCUGCAUCCCUCUGUUUAUGAGUAAUAAAGACAUUGCUGCUGAAGCGGUGACGGGAAGCGGGAAAACUCUGGCGUUUGUGAUUCCUGUUCUGGAAAUUCUUCUAAAGCGUGAAGAGAAGCUGAAGAAAAUGCAGGUCGGUGCUUUGAUCAUCACUCCGACGCGAGAGCUGGCUGUGCAGAUCAGUGAAGUUAUGGGACAAUUUCUAGAAGAAUUUCCUCAGUUCAGACAGAUUCUUUUGAUUGGUGGAAGCAACCCUAUUAAUGACGUCAAUAACUUUAAGACUCAUGGGGCGAACAUCGUGAUCGGGACCCCCGGCCGUCUGGAGGACAUGUUCAGGAGGAAAGCUGAUGGGCUGGAUCUGGCCAGCUGUAUGAAGGCUCUGGAUGUUCUGGUUCUGGACGAGGCGGACCGGUUGCUGGAUAUGGGAUUUGAAGCAAGUCUGAACACUAUACUGGGGUUUUUGCCGAAGCAGAGGCGCACUGGUCUUUUCUCCGCCACUCAGACGCAGGAACUGGAGAAACUGGUGCGGGCGGGACUCCGGAACCCAGUCCGGAUCACAGUGAAGGAGAAAGGAGUCGCCGCGAGCAGCGCACAGAAAACCCCCGCCAGGCUGGAGAACUAUUAUACAAUCUGCAGAACUGAAGAGAAGUUUAACACGCUGGUGGCCUUCCUCAGACAACACACACACGAGAAGCAGCUCGUCUUCUUCAGUACAUGUGCAUGUGUGGAGUAUUUCGGUAAAGCUCUGGAGUUCCUGGUUAAAAAUGUCACCAUUCUUUGCAUCCACGGCAAAAUGAAGGACAAGCGGAACAAAAUAUUCUCAGAGUUUCGGCAGCUGAAAAGUGGGAUACUGGUGUGCACAGAUGUAAUGGCGAGAGGCAUCGAUAUCCCGGACGUUAACUGGGUUCUCCAGUACGACCCUCCAAGCAGCGCAAGUUCUUUCGUGCAUCGCUGUGGAAGAACAGCUCGUAUUGGGAACCGAGGCAGCGCUCUCGUCUUCCUGCUCCCGAUGGAGGAAUCGUACGUCAAUUUUCUCUCCAUAAAUCAGAAGUGUCCGCUGCAGCUGUACCCCGCGGUGAGGGACGUGGAGAACGUUCUGCCGGAUCUGAAGGUUCUGGCGCUGGGAGACCGGGCCGUGUUUGAGAGAGGGAUGCGGGCCUUCGUCUCGUUCAUUCAGGCCUACGCUAAACACGAGUGCAGCCUCAUAUUCCGGGUCAAAGAUCUGGAUUUUGCCUCGUUAGCUCGGGGCUUUGCUCUCCUCCGGAUGCCGAAGAUGCCCGAGCUGAGAGGGAAGUCGUUUCCGGGUUUUGAAGAAGUUCCCGACACCGACUCGAUUCGGUACAAAGACAAGAACAGAGAGAAACAGAGGCAGAAGAUGCUCCAGCAACAGAAGGAGAAAGAUAAAGAAGCCCCGCCCAGGAAGAACUUCGUCAGGAACCAAGCCUGGUCCAAACAGAAAUCCAAAAAGGACAAGAAGAAAAAGAUAUCCGCCAAAAGGAAGCUGGAUGAGGGAUCAGAUGUGGAUGAUGAGGACAUGCAGGAACUUCUGAAUGACACUCGGCUACUGAAGAGACUCAAAAAGAAGAAAAUCACUGAGGAAGACUUUGAUAAGCAGAUUAGUGCUGGAGGAAGUUCCAAGCAUAAACGAGCAGGACCCUCUGAAGAGCCGAGUUCAGAAGGAGAGGAUGAAUAAACUGUUUUUAAUAAAAUUUCUUCUCAUCCAGAAGUCUCUACUCUGCACAAAGACGUUAACAGACAUUUGUUAAUAAGCUCAAUAUGUAACAGGACAACAAAUAAUAUUAAGAAAAUGCUGUUUUCUUAUUGUUGUUGUCUUCAUUUUGUAUACCAGUUGUAUACAAUUAUUACCGUAGAGUUUUAUCUGUGUUAAGAGACAGACACCAUAUAUUUUCUAAACAGAAAAAGGCAGACCCCUACCUGUGGCCCACCUGGUAAAAGGUAUUUUAAAAUAUACAAUUCUGUCCUUUAAUAAAAAAAAAAAAAUGUAUUACCUACGUACAUGUAUACAUUGUUCAAAACUGCAUAUGAAAGACUUUGGAAGAACCUGGCUUGAAAAUGCAUACAUUUGUUUUUAUGUUGACAAUAAGACUGGAUAAUAUGAUUGCCAUGUGACCAUAUUGCAAUAUACAGCUUACCAUCGUUUGGUGAUUUAAUGCCAAAAACUGUUCAAUCACCACAAUAUUUGGUAGUGGUUUUAAUGUUAUGGCUGAUGGGGGAUAUCAUCUUGUGUCUCCAGUUUUUGUAAAGCGUCAACUUUACGAAGAAGAAAAUAAAAUAGUUUUCUACCUUUCAGUGUAACUCAAUGUUAUUAUUUUUAUUCCAAGUUUAAAAACAAUUGGUGCAUUUAUCAUGAAUAAAAGACAUUUUUACAAUUUA